AUGGAUGGAGGGGUCUCUGAAGUCCCACAGUCUGAAGGUGGUGUCCCGGGACGACGUCACCACCAGGCGCUGAGUGGGGUUUGCAGCUCGGUCCCAGGACGCUGUCACCACCUGCUUCCCACCCACCAGCCAAUCAGCCGCGAUGACCACGCCCUGGUGGGACUUCAGCGUGGCAGUAGCGACCCGGACCGUAGGCACCUCGCCCCCCCCUCCUCCCGGUCUGAGGAGUCCUGGUCGUCAUCUGGUCUGGUUCUGUGUCCUUGA